UAUAGUACAGCCAAAAAAUGUAUUUCAAAUUGGAUAAUAAUGACGAGACGAAAAAUUGCUGCUGUUGCGAAUACGAAACUCCGUACGCGGCUCAAUUUCCGAAUCCGACGUUUCCAAAACGCCGGGUCGAGCUGGUGUUGGUGAAACGCAAUGCGAAGGCACGCUCAACUCGUCUUUAUGUUGUAACAGUCGUCGAUAUGGUCUCAUCGGAAGAUCGCAAACGUCCCUUAGGUGGUGAAUCACGGCGACGGAAGAAGAUACGCUCAGAUGAAAUGAACCGGCAAACUCGACACGGCAGUCCAAGUGGGGACCAGGAGGAUCAAGAGGAUCUUACUGGACUCGAAGGGGCCGCAUUCCAGAGUCGUCUUCCAUUUGACAAGAUGACAGCUCAAGAAGCAGCUUGCUUCCCAGAUGUAGCUCAGGGUCAGCCUCAGACGCAAAAAGUGUUCCUGUACAUCCGAAACAGGUUGCUACAGCUGUGGCUCCAAAACCCAAAGCUCCAGCUGACCUUCGAGAAUGCUCUGCCUGAAAUGGAGAGCCCAUAUGACAGCGACGCACCCUUUGUGAUGAGAAUCCACGCUUACCUCGAAAGACAAGGGCUCAUCAAUUUUGGUGUCUAUGAGCGAAUCAAAGGCCCACCUGCCAAGAAGCACGGCAAGAUAAUUGUCGUUGGGGCUGGGAUAUCGGGCUUAGCUGCUGCCCAACAAUUGCAACAGUUUGGCAUGGAAGUGAUAGUGUUGGAAGCGAGAGACAGAGUAGGUGGUCGAGUAGCUACCUUCAGAAAAGGAAACUACAUUGCAGACUUGGGGGCUAUGGUGGUCACCGGAUUAGGUGGCAACCCUGUGGCUGUUUUGAGUCGUCAAAUCAACAUGGAACUACAUAGAAUACGUCAGAAAUGUCCCCUCUACGAGUCCAAUGGAACGACAGUCCCCAAGGAUAAAGACGAGAUGGUUGAGAGGGAAUUUAACAGAUUGCUGGAGGCAACGUCGUUCAUAUCUCACCAACUGGACCUAAAUUAUGUGCAGAACAAAGCGCUAUCACUGGGACAAGCUUUGGAAUGGGUCAUUAAGUUGCAGGAGAAGCAUGUUAAGGAGAAGCAAAUUCAGCACUGGAAGCUUAUUCUUGAAAUGCAAGAAAAAUUGAAGACAAACCAGAAUCGCAUGCUUCAACUUGCCGAACACAUUCAACUCUUACACAAAGAACACAAAGAACUGUUGGAGGCACAACGGGACGUCACGCAGGAGUUUCUUCUCCGCAGCAAACAUCACAAACUCAACACAUGCUGCCGCGAGUGGGACCAACUGCAUGAACAACAGAAAGAAAUUGAAGAAAAGCUUCAAGAAUUGGAAGCGUCACCACCGAGUGACGUUUACCUGUCUUCUCGUGAUCGACAGGUUCUCGAUUGGCACUUUGCCAACUUGGAAUUUGCAAAUGCAACUCCGUUGCACAACCUCUCCCUCAAGCACUGGGACCAAGACGAUGAUUUUGAGUUCACGGGUGCCCAUCUUACUGUGCGCAACGGCUAUUCGUGCGUCCCUGUGGCGCUCGCGGAUGGUUUAGAUAUCCGUCUCAACACUGCCGUCAAACAGAUACGACACGGCAAUAACGGUGUUGAGGUUCUCGCCACAAACACUCGCAGCAGCAGCGGCCUGCUUAGCUUCAAGGCCGACGCCAUUCUGAGCACUCUACCUCUUGGUGUGAUGAAACAGGCGGUACAAGGUAACCCAAACUUACCUAAUACGGUCCAGUUUAUUCCACCGUUACCAGAAUGGAAGGUGAGCUCCAUACAACGGCUGGGUUUUGGCAACUUAAACAAGGUGGUCCUCUGCUUUGAGCGCGUCUUCUGGGACCCCAAUGCAAACCUCUUUGGCCAUGUGGGCAGCACAACUGCGAGCAGAGGAGAACUCUUCCUCUUCUGGAACUUGUACCGUGCUCCAGUGCUGCUAGCGCUUGUGGCUGGUGAAGCGGCAGCCAUCAUGGAAAAUGUCAGCGACGACGUCAUCGUAGGGCGCUGCAUAGCUGUGCUACGAGGCAUCUUUGGCAACGUUCCGCAACCUCGGGAAACCGUGGUGACCCGGUGGAGGGCCGACCCCUGGUCACGAGGCUCAUAUUCUUACGUAGCAACCGGAGCGUCUGGAAACGAUUAUGACAUCCUGGCGACACCCGUCACACCACCCUCCGUUGGAUCGAGCCAGUCACUUCCACGACUGUUCUUUGCGGGAGAGCAUACGAUAAGAAAUUACCCUGCAACAGUUCACGGAGCUCUGCUCAGCGGACUCAGGGAAGCUGGCAGGAUAUGUGACCAAUUUCUGGGUUCUUCAUACACCAGGACCGUCUAGUGUUGAAGGCUGCUCCACACGGUGUAUAAUGAGGAAUGAAUAAAAUGUACCCAUUAGGUCAA